AUGGUUCAUUCAGACUCAGAAGAGGGGUCUGAUGGGUCUAAGGAUGAUUUAUCAGGAAGACCGUUAUUUCAGUGUGAAGAUACGGAUCAGGUGGUCAAGGCAGUAAGAUCAGCUAUAGGGCUAGAAGAAGCUAGGGAACAGAGGUCUAUUCAGGACAUCAUAAUUGAAGGACUCGAGAUAAAGAAAAGGAAAGUUUUUCCUAUUUACCAGACUGUGUCCCAGCUUAUUAAAUCAGAAUGGGAGAACCCAGACAGGAAGUUGUUUAUCCCCAGGGUCAUCAAAAGGAAAUAUCCCUUUGAUGAGAUAGAGACCAAAACUUGGGAUCUUACGCCUAAAAUUGAUGUGGCUAUAGCCAAAAUUUCUAGAAAGGUUCCCUUGCCUUUUGAAGACUUGGGGACUCUUAAAGAGUCCAUGGAUAAGAAGGCGGAAGGGUUCCUUAAGAAAGCUUGGGAGACCGCUGGGGCAGCUCUUAAACCAAGCAUAGCGGAUACUUCUAUCGAUUCUCCAGACCUGAAUCCCAUUGAAAACUUAUGGGAUCAACUAAGUCUCCGUGUAGAGGUCUGCAACUCUGUAGCCCAGAACCUCAAUGACCUGAGGGCUGCCCUUCAAGAAAGGGUCUUUCAAAGGCAGCUCACAAGCUGUGUGCUAAACCAGCCUCGCACUGUGAAACUGUGCUAUAUGCACACAAUGCAGAGAUCUCUGUGGAAGGUCAGGUGUGCCACUCUCUGCUUCACUCUCCUAUCCAUCACUGGGGUCCAGCUCAAGCCUUUGUAUGAGCAGGAAAGAAUGAUUCAGCUCGAAGCAGUAAAGAAGAGCAUUUUGGAUCGUCUGGGCUUACACAAACCUCCUGUCAUUGGGGAGAAACUGGACAGAGAGGAACUGAGCAAAAUGCAUUUGUUAUACCAGGAGAAGUUAAUGGAGCUCAGAGGAAACCUAACCAAAGAUGAGACUUCAGAACGGAGAGUGCAUAUACUAACACCAAAACUAGAGCGUAGCUCAAAGAAAUGUGAUCUGCAGAAAAGCAGCAGUCAUCGUUACAACCUGGUCUUCUCUAGGACUCAGAAAUUCCAUCACAGGCUAAACGUCAUGAGAGCUGAGCUCAAGCUAUGUAAACACAUCUUGGCUGGAUUGCGACCUGCAGCAGAUAACUCAACUUCGAAGGCUAUGGUGAACAUUUAUAAAGUUGUAGAAUCAAGGUAUGCCUAUGGAGGGCAAGAGCAUAAAUUGCUUGAUUCUAAACCAGUAGACAAAGACACAUUGACAUUAAAUGUUAACUCUGCUGUACAACAGUGGUUGGCAAGUUCAGAGAAAUGCCUCCGACUGGAGCUAGUAAUCAUGCCGAACACCCCUUUUUUGAGUGGUGGCAGCAAACAAAUAGAAGCAAAUGAUGCACUGGUAUUAGAAGUGGAGACUCAGGAAAAAACACACUUCAGAACAAGAAAAGGAAGAUCUCUUGCUGCAGAUGAGGACUGCAAAAAGAGUGAGAAAAAGUGCUGUCGUAAGUCCUUGUUGGUGUCUUUUGAACAGAUUGGCUGGAGUGAUUGGAUUGUACAUCCAUCCACCUAUGAAAUGCGGUUUUGCGAUGGAUCUUGUCCACACAACUACAAGCCAGCAAGCAUGCAUGCUCAAAUAAAAUACAGAAUGCAUCACAUUAAUGGAGAUACUCCAGCCCCUUGUUGUGUUCCUGGCAGCUAUGAUCCUAUGGUACUCAUGCAUUACAAUGCUGAGCGCAAAUUGGUUUUUACAGUCUUUGAGGAUAUGAUUGUUAGAAAGUGCCACUGUGCCUAAAGAGGAAAUUAGUCAAGGCUUUUAUUCUGACGGUGCAAAUUAUCCCAUGCCAUAGAGAUUGUAUCUUUGGAAAUUGCAUCCGAUGCAUCUAAUUAAACACCUCAUGUUUACAUAUCUUUUUAAUCCACCGAUAGCAGAGGAAUGCUGAAGGCCAAAAACCUGUGCUACUAUAUGCAGUCGACACAUGGGAUCUGAGCAUGUAAUCUUUCUGGCUCAUAUUGACCAUGGGUCUAUCACUCAGAAUUAAAAUGGGUAUUAUAUUUAAAUUCUGCAGCGGCAAUACCCUAGAAGGGCAAUUCACAGAUGUUAUGUGCAAAAAUGAUAAUUAUUAGUUAUCCUUGCUGUUUUUACAAUUAAUUAAUUAACCUGACAUGUCAUUAUCAUGAAAUACAUGCAGGAUGAAUAUAGAAUAUCAGACAUGUUUUA